AUGGAUGAUUAUUAUGUUUGGUACAACUACGGAGAAGAAAUAGAUAUGAGAUUAGGAACGAGUUAUGUUGAUCCUACGCAUUUAAGUGGUAGCGAAGAAGGUGGUAAUUUAGUACAAGAUAGAUAUGUGAAAAUAGUGAAUGAUGCAUUUUGUGAUAAUGUGACUUAUGAUAAUUAUCAACAUGAUGAUAACUAUCAAAAUGUCGUAGAUCCGGUUUCCAACCAUUCACAAAAAUUCUAUGACUUGUUAGAAGGAGCCAAAAAUCCUUUGUAUGAUGGUUGUCACGAAGGUCACUCGCAGUUAUCCUUAGCUGCUCGAGUUCUGCAAAAUAAGACAGAUUAUAAUAUGAGUGAAAAGUGUGUGGAUUCGGUAUGCCAAAUGUUAACAGAAUAUUUACCACCCGGAAACCAAUCAUCUGCUUCACAUUACGAGACAGAAAGGUUGAUGCACAAUUUGGGCCUCCCAUACUAUACAAUUGAUGUUUGUGUUAACAAUUGUAUGAUCUUCUGGAAAGAGGAUGAAAAAUGGGAUGAAUGUCAAUUUUGUGAUGCACCAAGAUGGAAGCCUAGAAAUGAAUGGCGUAGAACGAAAGUACCAUAUAGUUGUAUGUGGUAUCUACCUAUUGCUGACAGAUUGGAGAGAAUGUACCAGAGUAAGAAGACUGCAUCAGCAAUGAGAUGGCAUGCAGAGCACCAAGCAAAGGAGGAUGAAAUGUGUCAUCCGUCAGAUGCGGCAGAGUGGAAACACUUUCAAGAUCUACAUCCAUGUUUUGAAGAAGAACCUCGUAAUGUUUAUCUUGGCUUAUGUACAGAUGGCUUCAAUCCAUUCGGAAUGUCUAAUAAUCAUUCGUUGUGGGCAGUGAUCUUGACUCCAUAUAAUCUACCCCCUGGUAUGUGCAUGAAUACAGAAUACCUGUUUUUGACAAUUUUGAAUUCUAGACCGAAUCAUCCGCGAGCUAGUCUAGAUAUCUUCCUUAAACCUCUGAUUGCGGAGUUGAAAGAUCUGUGGUCUACUGGAGUUGAAGCAUAUGAUGUCUCCUUGAAUCAAAAUUUCAAUCUUAAAGAUGUGCUUCUGUGGACGAUAAGCGACUUUCCGGCAUACGGCAUGCUAUCAGGAUGGACGACCCAUGUUUAUUCGGAGCGGUUAAGUGGUGUCAGUCCACCAAAAACAUCCAAGUGUGGUGGAAAUGGUCACGACAAGAAGAAAUCUGGAUAUGGAAAAACCCAUAAUUGGCACAAGGAAAGCAUAUUCUGGGAACUGCCGUACUGGAGGGACCUUACUCUUCGACAUAAUCUUGAUGGUAAGUCGAAAGACACCAUCAAGUCAAGAUUGGAUAUAACACUUUUCUGUGAUAGGGAACAUUUACAUGUUGAUAGCAAUGGGCAAGCUCCUUUCCCUCCCUACACAUUGGACAAGACCGCAAGAACAAGUUUAUUAGAAUGUGUGAAACAUUCGAUUAAAUUCCCAGACGGUUAUGCUUCGGACCUAGCUAAGUGUGUUGAUCAUGAGAAUGGAAAGUUUUCAGGCAUGAAGAGUCAUGACUUUCAUGUUUUUAUGGAGAAGCUACUUCCAUUUAUCUUUGCAAAUCUCCUCGACCAAAACGUCCAUCUUGCGUUAUCAGAGUACUACUUUGCUGACAAUAUACAAACGAAAUCAAGGUUCACAAGAUUUGAUGAAGGUCAAGUUCCUGUAUAUCAUGUCGAAGGAGUUCCUGAUAUAUUUACUCAUAUAGGUCGUCCAAGUGGGGAAAUGCAAGAACUAUGGCUAUCUGAAAAAGAUUAUCGAUGCGCACAUUCAGAUGUUUUGCGAAAUUGUAAUUAUUUUCAGCCAUUUGAGAGGAUGUUCGAAGAUUACAUCAGUGCAAAAUAUCCAGACAUCUCAGAAAAUGAACUCUCUGCGAGAAGAGCCGAUGAAUAUCAUAUAUGGGUGAAAGAUUAUGUUAGCUAUUGGAGCAACACACAUCCUUUUCCUCUUUGGGUUAAAGAUAUGGCGAAUGGACCAGUGAAUAAAGCUAAAACAUGGCCUAUAUAUUUCACAAGAGGUUUUGUGUUUCACACGCAGAAGCAUGGUGAGGGAAGAAAGACUUGUAACUAUGGAGUAUGUGUUAAAGGGGAGAGUUAUACAAAUGUAGCUGAUGAAGCCCAUUACUACGGAAUCUUAACUGAUUUCAUACAAAUCGAGUAUGAGGGGGCAGUCGAUUUGAGAACCACACUUUUUAAGUGUAAGUGGUAUGACCCUGUUUUUGGUAGAGGCAUCCGGCGGAGCAAUGGCGGUAUCAUUGAUGUGCUUUCAUCAAGAAAAUACGACAAAUAUGACCCCUUUAUUCUAGCAUCACAAGCAGAACAAGUUUGUUAUAUCCCGUAUCCGUAUGUAAAGAAACCAAAGAAGCUAUGGCUCAAUGUUCUAAAAGUGAAUCCGAGAAGAUUAAUCAUUCCUGGAGAAUAUGAAGACGUAGCCUCGUUGACGUUACAACAAGAAAACGAAGAUGCUGUUUCUUUGACUACAAUUGGAAACCUAGAAUUUGAGCAUUUGGCACAUGAUCGAGAAGAACCAAUAAAUCUCGAUUUCGAGGUGGCAGAUGGAGAACCAAAUGACGAAUUCCGAUGUAAUUUAUCGUCAUCCGAUGAUGAUGAAGAGGAAUAA